AUGCGCAACAUAACCCCAAAUCGUUUGGGACUGUCAUACAUCCUGGAUUGGAUAAUUAUCAUCAUUAUCGCCUCAAUCGGCUACACCUGGUCCAACCAAACCCCCAUCCACCGCCCCUUCUCCCUCACAGACCCGAGCAUCUCCUACCCGGAAACAAAACAUGAAAAAGUCCCGUUCGAAAUUGCCUUAAUACUCGCUCUGAUCCUCCCGGCUCUCGUCAUCGCGCUCGUAAUCCUACUCCGCAUCCCGGGACACACAGUACACAAGGAUACUCCGCGCUCGAUCGUCUGGAGAUACAAACUAUGGGAGAUUAAUGCGGGUUGGCUUGGGUUAGCGCUGGCGGUUGCCAGUGCGUAUGCGGCUGCAAAGGGGCUAAAGCUUCUCUUUGGAAAGCCGCGGCCGGAUCUUUUGGCGCGGUGCGAUCCCGAUUUGGAGAAUGUUGCUGCGUAUGUGGUUGGUGGGCUUGGGCAGGAGUUGCCCGGGGCUCCGGUCUUGGUGACCUCUGAGAUCUGUCGGAACAGGUCGCAUGGGUUGACGAAGACGGGGUUUGUGAGUUUUCCGAGUGAUCAUGCGUCUUUGUCAUUUGCCGGAUUGACGUAUUUUAGCCUCUGGCUAUGCUCUAAAUUCUCCAUAACAUUCCCUUAUCUUUCCCUCAUUCCGCCCAACCACUGGAACUCGCACGAAGAACAAACAGACAGCUCUGAACCCAAUCCUCACCCGGAAUCAGCACUCUCUAUUCGCGAACAGGGAGCCGCACCGCCCAUUUACAUGCUCAUUGCCCCGACUAUACCAAUCGCUGUUGCGUUCUUCAUAGUCGCAUCUCGCUGGACCGAUCACAGGCACCACGGUAUUGACCUUGUAUUUGGAUCUGCUAUUGGUAUAUUUUUCGCGUGGAUUGCGUUUCGGUUAUAUAACCUGCCUAUUCGGCGUGGUGGAGGCUGGUCAUGGGGGAGCAGGAGUCGUAGGAAUGCCUUCUUCAAAAUAAUCGGGGUUCCAAGCCAUGUCGGUAAUGACAAUUGGGCUGCUGAGCGCGUGGAAAGUGGCCAGCUCGCAUUGGUUUGA